AUGUCAGUAAAUUAUAAAACGUCUGGAAUCGGUAAAGGUUUAUGUGAGCUCAACAGUGAAACAUUGCAAGAGACAUCUGAUGCAGGUGGAAUUCUGCAUAACCCUGAGUUCAACCACCUUUAUAUAGUCAAAAAGGUAUGAAAAAUACGAGCUUUAUUCGAUACUGAUGUAAUUACUGAUAAAAGGAAUAGCAUGCAUGUGUGUUAUAAAUGUUAAUGGUUAUGGUUAUAGUGAACGUGUUUUUCAUCUACUUAUAUAAACCAGACAUUGAUAUGAAUCAUAUAUCGGGCAUUGUCACUCCGUCUCAAACCAGUGGGGUUUUAUUUACGGAAAUUUUGGUUAUCCAUGCCGAGAUAUGUUUAGGUGAUCAUGAAAACCUCUUAAUAUUUAAACUAUAACUAUAGAGCUGCAUGGAGCUGAGGAGAAAACAGAAUCCAUGAGAGAAUUGAGAGUUGUGCAUGGCGUCAUUUUUAGUCUACGUUUCGGAGCACGUAUAUAUAGCGAUCGAUAAUGGAAAAAGUUUUUCAGUCAAGAAUCCCAUGACCAUUAAUUCAGAGGGAACUCGAAUUUAAUCAUUUUUGGAACAUUAAUAAAUAUAGCUACUCAGGUAAGCAAGGGUGAUAUAUAUCCACGUACUUGUAGCUAAUCUAAUUUUUCCCACACGCUAAUUUUAUUAAUGAAAGACAACGAACUGGAUGCCACAUGUUUAAUUAACUCGCGUUUUAAAAAUUAAACUAAACACUGUUGAUAUGUCGAUCGUAUAUAUAUAUAUAUAUAUAUAUAUGUAAAUAUAUAUAUUUAAAUAUUUAAAUAUAUAUAUAUAUAUAUAUAUAUAUAUAUAUAUAUAUAUAUAUAUAUAUAUAUAUAUAUAUAUAUAUAUAUAUAUAUAUAUAUAUACAGGGUGUAUCAAAACAAGUAAGACAAUUUUGAAAUUGCUCUCAAUUCCACAAUUCUGUUCAUGAAAUGUAAUUUUUUGUAUGUUUGGAUUGCUUGAGUUCUUAAAUUAUGGAAAAUAUAAAAAAAUUUGAAAAUAGUAAAUUUUGCUAUCCAGGUGGGUGGUCAACUUUUGCUCUUAUAAAAGUGGCUUGCGCACGGAAAUGACAAACGGUAUUCUUCAUUUGAGUUCAUGUAUGAAAAGUUCCCUAUUUGUUGCAUUUAUGGUAAAAUUUCGGAAAAAUUUUACCGAGUACAAAUCCUACGAAAAGCCUAUGAAAACGUUGCAUUUUUUUCUGUUGGUGCUGUUCUUGCUUCUUUAUGAAUUCAUUUUUACUCCCAUGAGAGUUCCGUGGAAUUUCCAUGGAAUUUGUGCUUUCGAGUUGUUUGUGCUGAAACGCAUUCUCUCGUAUAAUACCCCGUCUCCUCUGAGAUAAACCGUUGCACCUCCUCUAAAGCUUUUCCACAGCUGCACCAUUUCCAUCAUAAUCCGGGAACGAUAGAGUCCAUGCAUCAAUGAGAGCUUACUCGGAUGGGGGAACCUUAUAGAAUUUACGGUAAAUAUUUUUAAAGUUCGAAAAAUCCUCCAUUUUAGAAACCCUUGCCACCAGCCUCCUUACCACCCAUCUCCUGCAAAGAUAUUCUGACAAAAUCAGCAGGGGCUACAAGUGGACUUUAUGAUAUAUCUGUUGACAACAAAAUGGUGACAGUGUUCUGUGAAAUGGUUCUUUAUGGUGGAGGCUUCACCUUUAUCCCCAAGUCGGCUGUCAAGAAAGGAACCCUACCCAAACUUGUAUCGCAACUUUUCACAAACCAUUCUGAAGUUCUUCUGUACAUUCAAAAGAAAGAUGGAAGUCAGACCUACACCCACAUCCGACAACUGGAAGAGAAAUCGCAAACGCCUUUAGUAGUCUUGCAGAAUACACACACAGGUUAGUUUGUGUAAAUAUGAUUAUGAAAGCUACAUUGCUAAUGAUGUUAGUUGGUGCUGACAAGCGAUUUGGAAUUAAAAAUAGGUUGCUAUAGGGGUGUGGAAAAAGGGUAGUGCUUCGUGAUGGCCGUUAUAGUGGCAGUAUACGUUUGUAAGUGUCCCUAAGUAAUAACAAACACUUUACUUGCGCAAAGAAAAUUAUAUGUUCCCUGUAGUUUACCUUGUGUCCAUUUUAAUGGUAUAACGGUGAUGGUGGUUGUGAUGGUAGUGGCAGUAAAAGUUUGUAAGAUCAGUGUUGAUAAUUAAAAUAAUAACAAACACUUUAAUUGGGUAACACAAAUUACCGGUGUCCCAGUAGUUUACAUUGGACCCAUUUUUAUGUUAUAAGGAUUGUGGUGGUGAUGGUUGAAAAUUACCAUGGAAUUAGUGUUAUGAUGGUAAUUAUAGUAGGAGAUCGCUGCGAACUAUUUCGACUAUCAGGAAUGAUUCAACGUAAGAGAUUUGAAAGAAUAUUGACAUCGCUAGAUUGUGUUCAGUUAUUAUAAUAAUUGUCAAAGUAAAUAUUGUUAUAGAAAUAAAUAUAAUAAGAAUUCAGUAAUGAGAGUGAUAAUUAGGUGGUGAACUAUUAAUUUGUAGUUGGUGACGAUAAAACAAGCGAGUGA